ACUGAACAGAACACCUUUUUGUAAUUGGUUACAUGUGUCCUUUGUCCUUUGAUUCAUUUGUAUUAGUCUGCACAGUAACUGGAGCAAUAUGUUGAGCAUACGAUAGGUAAAAAUAGUCUAACAAUAGUUGAUUCUUUUUUUGUUUACAUACUAAAUACCCACAAACUUCCUACCCCUUUAAAGGGCAGCACAAGGGUGUGGCCCCAAACCAGCAUUUCCCCACCAACUCAUUUCUAAAUAAUGUGGCUGAGUGUAUGAGAGCUUUUGUACAAAGCGGUGCAGUCAACGGUUGACUGUAAAGAGGAUAACCAGGAAGACAUGAGGAGGCAGACAGGAAUCUAACAAAGAAAACAUUGCAGCUGUUUAAAAGAGACCUGGAACACACUUGGGCAACGGGGAGAGCAAAGCACCGAUAUCUCUGACAUAUCAUCUAGUUCAAGGGAGUCAAUGGAUCUGGUGUGGUUCAUGAUUAUUGGCAUGUGUGCCAUGAAUGAGAUUGCCUCUGCAUGUCCAGAGAACUGCCAAUGUAGGACAAGCAAAAUCCUUUGCCAAGGUUUUAUAAUAAAAGAAUUCCCAGCCUCCAUCCCACCAACCACUGAAACCCUCUUCAUCUCCAACACCAGCAUUGAAUCAUUAAAACCAGCUGAUUUUGAAACUUUUGCUGAGACACUCACUGUGUUUGUAGCCAAGGAUUCAAGAAUAGCUGUGGUGGAUCCUCACACAUUUGACCAAACCAGAAAUCUCAUUGCCUUAGGUUUCAGUGGAACAACGCUAACCUCUCUGCCACAGGAUCUGUUUCAAAAUCUAAAAGUAUUAUCAACUCUAACACUAAGUAACAACAAAUUAGAAGAUCUCCAACCAUCUCUUCUCACCCCUCUUACAGUUUUGAACAACUUAGACUUAAGCAGAAACCUUCUAACCUCUCUGGCAGAAGAUGCUUUCCUGGGUUUAGGAAAGCUGGAACAGCUCAUGUUGCAGAGAAACUCAAUCAGAAUGCUUCACAGCAGUUCUUUUCAAGGACUCAGUCAUCUCAAAGCCCUGUUCCUGCAACAAAAUCACUUAACGGAUAUACCAGCAGGCGUCUUUGAUGACCUGGUGAACCUUGAGAUAUUGCAUCUUCAAGACAACAAAAUCUCACAGCUACCAGCAAAUCUCUUCUCAAACUUGUCAAAGCUGAAGAAACUCUACCUCUCCAACAAUAGGUUAUCAUUGCUUCCCAAUGCAAUCUUUUUUAAUCUUCCCAACCUAACUCAUAUAUCACUGUACGAAAACCAACUCAGUAGGUUAACACCUGGGACUUUCGGCCCAAUGGCCCUCCAGGAACUCUGGCUGUAUGACAACAUGUUAACCCACCUCGAAGAGAAUGUGUUUAGCAACUUAACUGAGAUUCGCCUUUUGGUUCUUAGUAGGAAUCGGAUUCAGCACAUUUCUCCAGGUGCUUUCAGUGGCUUGAUGAAACUAGAGGAGAUCUCACUUCACACUAAUCGACUAACCACUGUUGAGGCGGGGAUAUUCAAAGGUCUUCCAAAGUUAGUUAACAUAUCAAUAGAGAACAAUCAAAUACAGCACAUACCUUUAAAACUCUUGGAUGGUCUGCCCCAUUUGCAUCUCCUGGAGCUUCAGAACAAUUCCCUACAAAACUUGCCGAAAGAAUUUCUAAACUCUUUGUCCAUAGUUGAUAAUAUUAUAGUUAAUCAGAAUCCCUGGAGGUGUGACCGUGACAUAAUACCUUUUCGCGAUUGGCUUGGACAGUAUCCAGAGAAAGUGAAGAAUCUUACUUCUCUGAUGUGCUUUACUCCUCCGGUCCUGAAUGUUAGAAAUAUAAGAGAUCUGAAGGAGGAUGACUUCAUGGUCAGCCAAACGCCAGUUGUGACAACGGUUGAUCUUUCAGCAGAAAGUACACCAGCGGACAGUGAACCUACAGAGGGACAUUUACCACACACUUCCCCAACCAAAACCUCAAACUCCACAACAGUGCCAGAAGACACAAGUGGAGGUGAUGCUGUAGGUCAAGGUCUGUCCAAAGACAAACUCAUAAUCAUUAUAGCCAUUGUCUGUACUGCUGUCAUUGUCGGUAUCAUUGCCUGUGUGUUAUGGAGGAGGAAUAAACGAGGAAGUGAAGACUUGGACCGUCAAAGAAAAAGAAAAACAAACUCAGUUAUCUAACAUUACUUAAGACCUCUCUCUUUUAACAGUCUUUAGUGGAUUUAUGAAGAACAUUCUUUUUUUAUUUGGCAAAUUAUUUUAACAAAGGUUUGUUAUGGAUAUUUUCUUUCUUUCUUUCUUUCUUUCUUAGUUCUUUAUGUAUAAUGAAAUGUAACAAAAAUAAUACAAAGCUGAGCUAUAUUAAAAAUAUAAAAAUCAUCUCUAAGUAGAUAUGAUUUGGUAAUCAUAACCUCAUGAAUGUUGUCACAUAUGAAGAAAUAUACUGUAUUUUCCUUUCUUGCCACUGUCAAUGGUUAUACACUUUCUGCAGUUCUGUAUUAAACAUGUUUUUCGUCAUCGCAAAA